AUGACUACGGAGACGAUCACGACAAUUUCUCCGUCUACCAACUGGCCUGUUACUUCUCGCCAGGGCAUCUCGGACGCAGAUAUCGCUCUUAUUCCGGCUACCGCAACGCGGGCCUUCAACUCGUACAGAACAACUUCCCUGGAGGAACGACACACCACUGUUGGCAAAGCGCUCGAUAUCAUUGAGCAGAGAAAAGAUGUUCUCGCUAAGGAGCUCACAGAGCAGAUGGGACGCCCAAUAGCGUAUACAGGAAAGGAGAUAUCAACAGCAGUUGCAAGGGGUCAAUAUCUCCUCAAAAUCAGUGGAGAAUGCUUGCAGGACGCACCAGGAGAGGCCGAGACAGGAUUCAAGCGCUACAUCAGGAAAUAUCCCAUCGGUCCGGUCCUCAUAGUGUUCGCUUGGAAUUACCCAUACUUGAUUCUUGUGAAUGCAUUGAUCCCAGCUUUAUUGGCAGGCAACAGCGUCAUCAUCAAGCCAUCGCCCCAAACACCUACGAUCGCCGAACAGAUUCAAAACAUCUUCCUCGAAGCUGGAUUGUCAAAGGAUGUGAUACAGUACUUCCAUUGUGGAUCGAUGUCAAGGCUCGAGGCUGUCGUAAAAGUUCCUCAGAUAAGACUCAUAUGCUUCACCGGCUCCGUUGCAGGAGGAUUGGCGGUGCAAAAAGCUGCUGCCAACCGGGUAGUCCCUGUGGCAUUGGAGUUGGGAGGCAAAGAUCCUGCUUACGUGCGGGAAGAUGUAGAUGUCAAGUGGGCGGCCGAGGAGAUCGUAGAUGGGGCAGUCUUCAAUUCUGGGCAGAGUUGCUGUUCGCUUGAACGAGUCUAUGUCGACGAAAAGAUUCAUGACCAAUUUGUUUCAGCCGUCCAAGGCGUGCUUAAUGGGUACAAGCUGGGCGACCCUAUGGAUCAAUCCACUAAUGUAGGACCGGUGGUCUCGAAGAAGUCCCUGGAUACCAUAUCGCAGCACGUCCAAGAUGCAAUCAAGAAAGGCGCUGUAGACGCUACCCCAAAGAACGAGUCCUUCGAGAAUCCGCCAGCAGAUGGCAAUUACGUUAAGCCUACGCUGCUAAUCAACGUCACGCACGAUAUGGAAGUGAUGAACGAAGAAACAUUUGGCCCUGUAAUUCCGGUCAUGAAAGUCGGAAAUGACGAAGAGGCUCUCCGCAUGAUGAAUGACAGCGAAUUUGGCCUUACGGCAAGCAUCUGGACGAAAGAUGUAGAAAGAGGGGAAGCACUGGCAGAACUGGUGGAUGCCGGCACUUGCUUUGUGAAUCGCUGUGACUACCCUAGUCCCGAUCUUGCUUGGACUGGAUGGAAAGACUCUGGCAAAGGAGUCACGCUAAGCAAAUUUGGAUUCGAGCAAUUUGUCAAGCUGAAGAGCUUCCACUUGAAGGACCACCCGAAAUGA